GUGUCCGCCGCGGAAGGGCAGUGGGGCGCGCGGCUCGGAGAUGCCGGGUCCCUCUCCGGGUUCCUCGGAGUCACGGCGGCCUGAGUCGCGCGGAGACAUGAGUGACACCGGAGGCGACCACACGCGCCUCCGGCGCUACCCCAGGCUGCCGGUGUGGGUGGUGGAGGAUCACCAGGAGGUUCUGCCUUUCAUAUACCGGGCCAUAGGUUCGAAGCAUCUUCCUGCCAGUAAUAUAAGCUUUUUACAUUUCGACUCACAUCCGGACCUCCUUAUUCCUGUAAAUAUGCCAGCAGACACUGUGUUUGAUAAGGAAGCACUCUUUGGAGAAUUAAGUAUUGAAAAUUGGAUUAUGCCUGCGGUUUACGCUGGCCAUUUUUCUCAUAUAAUAUGGCUUCAUCCUUCAUGGGCUCAGCAAAUCAGAGAGGGCAAACACCACUUCUUAGUAGGCAAAGAUAUUUCUACCACCACCAUCAGGGUUACCAGUACAGAUUAUUACUUCUUAAGUGACGGUCUAUUUGUACCUGAAGACCAGCUAGAGAACCGAAAACCAUUACAGUUGGAUGUGAUUAUGGUAGAACCUUACAAACUCUGUAACAGUCAAGAUGACAAUGACUCUGUGUCUUCUGCAAAGAAGCCCAAGCUGGCACUGGGCAGUAGAGAGAGCACUGCCACUGCUCAUGGGGACCCUUCCUCAGAAGGACUGCAAAGGAAUGCAGUGACACCAAGAAGUGACCAUGCUUGCCAAGAGCCGCCAUGCCCAUGUUCUUCUGGAGACCAGCAGUGCCCGAGCACAAGCAGCACGGGGGACAUUCUGGAGACGCUGAAGAAUAGAGAUGCUUUUGUUUUAGAUAUUGACUUGGAUUUUUUUUCUGUCAAAAAUCCCUUCAAAGAAAUGUUCACUCAGGAUGAGUACAAAAUUCUACAGGAGCUUUACCAGUUUAAAAAGCCUGAUAGUAACCUUACUGAGGAAGAUUUGGUAGACAUUGUUGAUACUCGAACUCAUCAAUUAGAAGAUUUAGAAGCAAUUUUUGCUGAUUUGUGUGAUGGUGAUGGUGAAGAAACUGUACAGAGAUGGGCUUCAAACCCUGGAAUGGAAUCACUAGUUCCACUUGUACAGAGUUUGAAAAAACGGAUGGAAGUACCAGACUAUGAGAUGGUUCACCAGGCUGGACUAACCUGCGAUCAUUCAGAACUCCCUCAUCAUGUCAGCACAGAAGAAGAAAUUGAGUAUCUUAUUCAGUCUAUGUAUUAUUUACUGAAAAAUCUUCCAAAGCCUACUCUUGUGACAAUCGCAAGGUCAAGUCUGGAUGAUUACUGUCCUCCUGAGCAAGUUGACACCAUUCAGGAAAAGGUCCUCAGGGUGCUGCAUUCACUCUAUGGGGCCCUGGACACUCACCUGGCGUAUGCAGAACAGUCUCCUCCUUGCUGAAGGAGACAGCACUAGGCCCCUGUGCAAUUUGGUACAGUAGCGGGGCUUUUGUUUGUGAGUCUUCCAGAGUACAUUUUCAUUUUUUGGUUUUUCAAGACAGGGUUUCUUUGUGUAGCCUUGGCUGUCCUGGAACUCGCUCUGUAGACUAGGCUGGCCUCAAACUCACAGAGAUCCUCCUGCCUCUGCCUCCUGAGUGCUGGGAUUAAAGGCAUGUGCUACCACUGCCCAGUCAGAGUACACUUUUUAAUGUUAACUUUCAGUUGAAAUCAUUCAGAUUUUUUUUUUUUUUUUUUGGUUUUUCGAGACAGGGUUUCUCUGUAUUGUUUUGGAGGCUGUCCUGGAACUUGCUCUGUAGACCAGCCUGGCCUCUUACUCACAGAGAUCCGCCUGCCUCUGCCUCCUGAGUGCUGGGAUUAAAGGCAUGUGCCACCAACGCCCAGCCAGUCAGAAUUUUUUAAUCUGGAAUAAACAUCAGUUGAUAAAUACGUCAGUUGGGGUAGAGGUGGGGGAUGUUUGUUUGAUUUGGUUUUAUUGUUUUUACAAAAAAUCUGUUAACCCGUUUAUUGGGAGUAUUGGCUAUCUUUCUUGUUUUCUGUGUUGUCUUUGAUUUUUUUUCUUCCCUGAACAGAAUUCUGGAUUAUAUGAGAUUUAUUUAUUUAUUCAUUCAGCUGAUACUUAUUUAGCACUUUCCUGUGCCAGACACUGUUAAUGGCAAGAUGCCCUGCCCUCCUGUGAGAGACACAUGAGAAGCAAAUAUGGACUGUGGACAGUCUCAGGAAAAAAGAGAGUCACAAGUGUGUCUCGGCAUGUGGCUAAUUCUCAGGUACACUGGCCUCAUAGAAAGUAACAUUCUCAAAGGUGAUCAGAAAGAUCCCAGUCCAUGAGAAUGUUACAGCAAGGCUGCCUGUCUAAGGAUGUUGAAUUGAACCCACACUUUUGCCUAAUGUUUCCAGCAUUGUUUUUAUGCAAGAGUUCUGGGAGUAAACCUGACCAAAUAAAAUUUCCCUUUUUGUUGCUUGUCA